GUUGAUUUUGGCGGAUAAAUGGAAGUAUUGUGUUAUAAGUAUUUUUAGCAUUUUAUAAUGAACCUUGAUGAUACAGAUUGUAAUUCCAUAUAAAUUAAUUUAUAGUUAAGACUCCAUAAAAAUAACAAAUGAGCAAAUCACCCAUUACAUAUUUUAAGUAAAGUUCACCUAAGAAACUCAAAGAAGAAUUCAAAAAAUUUAAGAUCAUAAAGAAAUUGGAAUUCAAUGAUGAUCAGAUAAUAAUAAGAUAAGAUGGAAUACUUGGACGUAGCAAACGUAUUACUCCUAAAGAAAACAAAGGUAAUAAUAAACUAUUUAAUUUUAGUAAAUUCAACCUACACUUUGGGUUUAUUAAAUUCUAUAGAACUUAACCAACAUAAUGUGAUAGUUAAUAAAUUAGUGAAACCAAGUGAUGAUGAUUUAUUCAAUCUCUCUAGAGAUGAAAAUAUUGUCUGUAAAUGUAGAAAAUCAAAAUGCAUUUAAAACUAUUGUGUUUGUAGUGCUAACAAUUAAGAGUGUUCCUUUAAAUGCGAAUGCUAUAAUUGCUCAAAUAAAUAACCAAAAUCAGCUGUCUCUAAAUAAUCUGGAUCUGAAUAUUUAGGUUGUAAUUGUAGAAAAUAAGAGUAUAUUACUUCAAUAUUAAUUAUUAGUUGUUCUAAAGGAUAUUGUGAAUGUCAAAAGCGAAAAAUCAAAUGCACAUCUAAAUGCAGUUGUUGUGAUGAAUGCAAAAAUUGUGAUAUUCAACCAUUACCCUUUCAUUUAGAUAGUUUAUUCUGA